AUGACAGCGCGGGUGGUGGCGUUAGGGCGAGAGUCCUGCCCCGCUUCGGCUCGAGGGGGCAGCCUUGCCGGGAGGAGGGGAAGCGCGUGGAGCAGGCACGACGCUGGAGGGACCGCAGGCCUCUCGAUGGCGGUCCGGGGGUGCGCGCCGUCGUGGCUGCCGCCGCCGCCGCCGCCGCCGCUGCUGCUGCUGCUGCUGGCGACGGGCGCUGCCGGCGCGCGGUGGCGCGGGGAGGGCACCAGCCCGCACCUGCAGAGCAUCGUCCUGGGCCGCUGCGCGGAGUACAUCACGCUGCUGAGCCCCGAGUCCCGGGACAAGAACUGCACAGCCAUUUGGGAAGCCUUUAAAGUGGGGCUGGACAAGGAUCCCUGUUCUGUACUUCCCUCGGACUAUGACCUUUUUAUUAACCUCUCCAGGCACUCCCUUCCCAGAGACAAGUCCCUGUUCUGGGAAAAUAACCAACUCCUUGUUAGUAGCUAUGCAGAGAACGCCCGUCGCUUUAUGCCCAUUUGUGAUGUUCUGUACGGCAGGAUUGGAGAUUUAAUGAGCUGGUGUCGACAGAAUAAUGCCUCCGGACCUGAUUACCAAUCCUGCCCUACAUCAGAAGACUGUGAAAACAAUCCUGUGGAUUCCUUUUGGAAAAGGGCAUCCAUGCAGUAUGCGAAGGAUAGUUCUGGAGUGAUCCAAGUCAUGUUGAAUGGUUCAGAACCAACAGGAGCCUAUCCCAUCAAAGGCUUUUUUGCAGAUUUUGAAAUUCCAUACUUCCAGAAGGAUAAAAUCACACGAAUUGAGAUCUGGGUUAUGCAUGAAAUCGGGGGACCCAGAGUGGAAUCCUGUGGAGAGGGCAGUGUGAAAGUCCUGGAAGACAGACUGGAGAAUAUGGGGUUUCAGCACAGCUGUAUUAAUGAUUACUUACCAGUGAAGCUCUUAAAGUGUGUAGACCACAGCACUCAUCCUGACUGUGCCUUAAAUUCGGCAGCAGCAUCUACUCCAAGAGAAGUCCCAUCUCUUUACACAGGACCAAGUGCCAGACUUAUCAUUCUUCUCUUAGUGGCUUUGGCUUCAGGUGCUCAAAUGUAA